AUGGAAGUGUUUGGUAAAUCAACAAGCUUUAAUCAGAGAUCACGCGGUCUCCGAUAUACUUCAAUCAAAAAUAUUCCGACGCCUGUUACGGUGAAAAGCUUUCACGAGAACAACGAUACCGAUCUUGCGUUUUGGCAGCGAGAAAUGAAUAUCGCUAUAACGAUGGCUCAUAUUCGUGAUGACCGCAGUCAAGUGGCCUUUGCCAUGUCACAUUUGGAUGGCCGCACAAAGGAUUGGGCAAUAACUUGGAAAGUCCAUCGCCCUGGCUAUUUGGCAAGAGAUGAGGAGGGCUAUAUCCUUACGCCGAAAGUUGGAUGUCGACAACGGUCAAAUUUAUUUUAUGCCGUCAAGAUAACGGCACAUUGUACGGCUAAGUUGGAGUAUGGAGCACUACCCAAAGCAGUGAUGGUCAUUGUGUUUAUAAAGGGACUCACUUAUGAUCCUCUUAAGGCUAUAGUGUUCCACCAGAGCCUGACGGCUCUAGGAGAUGCAAUUAUGGUUGCAUUGCGCGAGGAUUACUGUCAUCGUCAAGCAUUUGGUCAAUCGGCCAACCCGAUGAAAGCAGUGACUGCUGCUACCAAAAAUCCUGGAUUAAUGGAUCUAGCGCAGUGA